CCCCGCCCCGCCCGGGGAUAAGGGCCCUCCCCGCGCGGCGCGGCCGCUCUUCGUCCCCCGCCUCGCGCAGCCGUUGGCCGGGGUCAGGGCCGGGGGCUGGGAGGGCGCACAGGGGGUGCUCGCGUUGCCCCCGCCCCGCCAUGGUGCAGGCCUGGUACAUGGACGAGUCCGCCGACGACCCGAGGCGGCCCCACCGCGCCGAGCCCAGCCGCCCGGUUGGCCUGGAGCAGCUGCGCCGGCUCGGGGUGCUUUACUGGAAGUUGGAUGCUGACAAAUAUGAGAAUGAUCCAGAAUUAGAAAAGAUCCGAAAAGAGAGAAACUACUGCUGGAUGGACAUAAUAACCAUAUGCAAGUAUAAACUGCCAAAUUAUGAAGAAAAGAUUAAGGUGUUCUACGAGGAGCACCUGCACCUGGAUGACGAGAUCCGCUACAUCCUGGACGGCAGCGGCUACUUCGACGUGCGGGACAAGGAGGACCGGUGGAUCCGCAUCUUCAUGGAGAAGGGGGACAUGAUAACGCUACCCGCCGGCAUCUACCACCGCUUCUCGCUGGACGAGCGGAACUACGUGAAGGCCAUGCGGCUGUUUGUGGGCGAACCUGUGUGGACGGCAUACAACCGGCCCGCUGACCACUUCGAGGCCCGGGGCCAGUACCUGGACUUUCUGGCUCAGACAGUGUAGUGGCGCUCAGGGGUCAGGCCGCCUUCGCCCUGGUCCUGAGUCCCAGCAGAGAGCCUGUUCUCUUUCUCUUACGCCGUAGACAUGGACCCUGGUGAGCUUUCCUUGGCAGGACUAUCCAAUCAGUGUGUUUAAUGAAGGGAGUUUCAUUAUAAAAGUGGUUUUUUACGUGGCAGCGACUCUGGGAUGGUGGACAAGCCACGU